AUGGACUUCUCUCAGUACGGCGGACCGUCAGAAGAAUGGUUGGCAGUGGAGAAGACACUGCCCGCGCGGACCUUCGACAUCUCGUUGGAUCCAAUCGUUCUGCGUAAUGCGGUCAAUUCUGAGCGAGAAGCCCGCUCUGCAGAGGUGAAGCAAUUGUUCGCACCACAUGUCCAGACCAAAGAUCACGCCAUUCCGACCCGCGAUGGCUCAACCAUCGAAGCUCGAACCUAUCGAUCCGUGAAGAAGGAUGCAUCCGAGAAGCUUCCUGUAUACCUGUACUUCCACGGUGGAGGCUUCAUCUUCGGAUCGCUGAGUAGCGAGGACCCGCUAUGUGCGCAAACCGCGAUCAAGACUGGGGCCCUGGUGCUGAAUGUCAACUACCGUCAUACACCAGAACACAUCUUCCCAACCGCCUGGAAUGACACUCAUGACGCAUUCGUCUGGCUGCACAAGAACAUCGACAUGCUCGGAGGCGAUCCAUCUCAAGUCGUCGUCGGUGGCAUCUCAGCAGGCGGCAACCUAGCUGCUUCCCUGACUCUAGAGCAGCACCUUGGAAAGAGCGAAGACAUCGCAGGUCUGCCCACAAUAGCCGGCCAGAUCCUAAUCAUCCCAAUGCUCGCCCACCCAGCCACCUACGACCAAGGGCCAGGCAAGCUACUCAACCCCUCAACCUCAUCCUACGUUGAGAACGAAGAUGCACCGGUUUUGCCGAAGAAAACCAUCGACUUCUUUACCAAGCUGCUGAAGAUCGGGGAUGUAGAUCUCAAAGACACAAAGAUGAAUGUUGUCAAUGCGACGGAAGAGGAGGUCAAGGGUUUUCCUCCUACGGUGUUUGGUAUUGCGGGCUUGGACCCCCUACGUGAUGAGGCACUGUUGUUUUCAAAGAAGCUGUCAGAGGCUAAUGUGCCGACUUCUACUACGCUUUUCAAGGGCGUGCCGCAUGGCCAUAGGCGGUUUGGGAAAGCGUUGAAGGCGUCUGAGCAUUGGGAUCAGUGUGUUGAUGAGGGGAUACUUUGGGUGCUUUCGAAACCGGAGGCUACGGGGAAGUUCGAUGUGAGAGUACCGUAG